AUGGGGGCUGCAAAGCUGGUGCUGGUGCUGCUGGCUGCAGCGCUCCUACUGCACAUGGCUGCCACGCUGAAGAUCGGUGCCUUCAACAUCAGGACGUUUGGGGACAGCAAGAUAUCCAACCAGACUAUUGCGGAUGUCAUUGUUGCUAUUGUGUUGGAGUACGACAUCAUCUUGGUGCAGGAGGUCCGGGAUACUGACCUGAGCGCUGUGAAGAAACUGAUGUACCAGCUCAACAGUGUGUCACCGUACCCAUACAGCUUUUUGGCCAGCAAGCCCCUGGGUCAGAACACCUACAAGGAGCAGUAUCUCUUUAUCUACAGGUUGGACAUGGUCUCUGUGCUGGAAAGCUACUACUACGACAACAGCGGGGCGCUUACCUUCAGCAGGGAGCCCUUCAUCGUGAAGUUUUCCUCACCCCACACGCAGCUGGAGGAGGUCAUACUGGUGCCCCUGCACGCGAACCCCAACAACGCGGUGGCCGAGAUUGACGCGCUCUACGACGUCUACGCCGACAUCACCAGCAAGUGGGCGAGCAACGACAUCCUCUUCCUGGGCGACUUCAACGCCGCCUGCUCCUACGUCCCGCCGGCCGCCUGGGCCGCCGUGCGCCUGCGCGCCCUCGGGGCCUGCUCGUGGCUCAUCCCCGACGCCGCCGACACCACCGUCACGCUCACCCGCUGCGCCUACGACCGCAUCGUCGCCUGCGGCUCCGCGCUGGCCGCCGCUGUCGAGCCCGGCUCCGCCGCCAUCAACGACUUCCAGCAGGUUUUUAAGCUGCAGCUCAAGGACGCGUUGGCCGUCAGCGACCAUUUCCCCGUGGAGGUGACGCUCAAAGCCCGCUGA